UUAUUAUUUUAAUCUCAUUGAAAUACUCCUUAUAAUAAAAAUAGUAAAAUAUUAUAAAAGUUAUUGGUACAGCAAGGUUCACAUAGCUGGCACCAGUGAAAUGGGUAAAAUUUGAAUUCCAGACGCAUGUAGUACAAGGUAACCAGUACAAGACAUCACUAAAAUGAUCAAUUUUUUUUGCAUAUUUCCUCUAUUAUGUAACUUACAAAUUUGAAAUAAAUAUUUUAUCAACUAAAUACAGCUUAUAAGUACAGCUACUGACUAUGGCCUGUGCACCUUCAGUAUUUCAGCACACAUCAUUUUAUUAGGACAGAACUUCUGAGUGUCUCCAUACUUGACAGUAAUUACCAGGGAAGUAUUUGCACGAAGUACAUUUAACCGUCAUGAUGAUGGUUGAAAUGUGGAAGCAGAGAUUCCACAUGGGAUAUGUUUGGCUUCUACUGGUUUUGUGUGCAACAGUAGCACAGUCACAGGAUAAUGUAAAAUUUGAAGGAACACAUGAACAAAAUGACCAUGAUGCUGAAGGAGAGUGGGAGGCCAGUGGGAAGAAAUCAUACGUAAUAGAUGGGAAGGAAAAUGCAGAUGAAAAAUAUGGAACUGGUGAUUCUAUGCCCACUGAAGAAACUUGUCACAUAGAUGACUGUUCAUUAAUGCAGGAUAAUGAUGACCAGAGUGAAUUAUCAAUGCUGAUUGACCAGGAUGAAGAGUUCAGCUCAGAGGAGGAUAAGGCCUCCCCACAAGAUCUUAGUGAAUUAAACAGUAAAUGCUCUAAAGAAACAAUUCAAGAAUCAACAGAUGGAGAUGCAACCAAAGAAGCCUUUACAGAAGGAACACCAGGUAAUGAAGAAGCAGAUAAGAAAGAGGAGGAUGAAGAUGAAAAUAUUAUUGAUGAAGGACAAAUGAUAGUAGAAAGUGAAGAAAAAGAAGAUGAAUCUAAAUUGAACAAGGUGGAUCCUGAAAUGGAAAACAUACCUCUUCGAGAAAUAUUACUGAAAUUAAAGCCUGAAGGUUUAACAGAUGACGAUGAAGAGGAGGAUCAGAAUAGUGAAUACAGCACUACAGAAGGCAGCAUGGGAGAUGAAUCAGAGGUAGAAGAAGAGGCACUUAUAUCAUCUGGAUCAUCAGAGAAGCAGGAUGAUAAUCUUGCCAAGACUGGUGAUUCCAACAGCACCGGGGGCAUUAGUGGGAAUACAAAUGCAGGAAGCAAGAAGGCAGUUUGCUCAAAGGUCAACACAAGUGAACCUGUACAAGAUGUUGAGGUUAUCAAUGCAACUGCACUUAUGAAGUUACUUCAGGGGGACCCCAACAUAACUAGCAGGACACUGGCUGGACCAUGCUAUCUAGUGUAUUUCUUCAGUCCAUACUGCCUAUUUUCUGUAAAGGGAUCACCAUAUGUAAAUGCCAUGGCACGUUCUAUUCCAAAUAUACCUGUCUAUGGUUUAGAUAGCAUUGAGUACCAUAGUGUAAAUGCCCGUUAUGGUGUCAUGGGAACCCCGACACUCCUGCUGUUUCACAAUGGAAAUGGGGUUGGACGAUUCAAUGCUUCAGAUUACUCAGUCCUGCAGUUGGUCUCUUUUAUUAAUCACUACACUGACCAGGAAAUUACUGACAUAAAUGUCACUUCCUUAGACUUUCAGGCCAACCUCCCAUCCAAAUUAGCCGAAGGCUGUCCAUAUGCUCUGUGGGCUGCAUGGGUCUUCCUCCUGAGCUGUGCAUCUUGGCUGUUCCUCACAUCAGAGUUGUGUGCAAGACUGACAGAGGCAAUCCUGAACAACUGGCGGGAAGCGGAAGCACAGCACGACCACCAUGAUUAAGCUGGAAAUGGAGAUUCGGUCUCAGAAUAUUUUUUGCUCAUAGUCAUUUUACUUUUUUGUUAUAUUUCUUUACUUGUUAUUAUUUCUGAUUAGUAUUAUUUAUUAUCAUUAUGAUGAUAACACGAAAUACAUUUCCAUGUUUUUGUUAUUACUUUUUUAUGAAUAUGUAUUUUCACUUCAUUAACCCAAAUAUUCCGGAUGGCAUGAAGAGUUACUGGCCAAUGUUCCGGCCGUCAUGAUAGAUGACGGCACCCUUACUUCCGGCCGUCAUCAGUGAUGAUGGUCUCAGUUUCA